UUAUACACGGGACGCAAACCGAGUCCCCAGGUUAUUCUUACCACAUUGAUCUCUCUUCGCCGGCGGCGUCACCGCCGUCGUCUCCUCUGCGUCCCCGCCGCUGUCCCGAUCCUAUGUUUACGAUCUAUGUGCGGGUCUCGGGCUUCCAUGGAGGCAUUGGAACCCGGAUCCAGGCGUAGAUCGCGAGCCUCCGCCACCGCCUCCUCCAGUGCCCCACCCUCUUCCUCCUAUGGCGCCACUUCCUCUAAUGGGACUCCUACGGAUCCUGGAAGCCGACCGAGAUUCCGUCGGCCCCCUACCUCAGGCACCUCCUCCUCCUCCAACACUUUUACAUCCUCCUCUUCCUCCGCCCUCAGCCUCGCUUCCGUCCGCUCGUCCCUGCCGGAGCCCCCCGCCCUCUACCCCUUCUCGGAGCUCUGCGCCGCCACAAAUAACUUCCUCGCCAAGCGCCUCCCUGGUGCCUCUUCCUCCACCUGGCGCUGCAGCCUCCGCGGCCGGGACGUUGUCGUCGUCCAGAAAUCCCUCCGCCGCCAACGCGAGGACAUCGCCGUCCGCCUCGCCGCCCUGGGUAGAUCCCACCACAGCAGCCUCGCUCGCCUUCUCGGCGCAUCCUCCGCGGACGACUACGUCUAUCUCGUCUACGAGUACGUCUCCGGCGCUAGGCUCGCCGACUGCCUUCGCAACUCGCGGAACCCUGGCUUCACCCCGCUCGCCUCCUGGAUCUCACGCGUCCAGGUCGCGGACGACGUCGCCCAAGGUCUCGAGUACAUCCACCACCACUCCUCCGCGGCCGCCGGAGUCCACAAUCGAAUUACUAGCUCCGCCAUCAUCGUCACCGAACCCGGUUUCCGAGCCAAGAUCUGUCAUUUCGGCGCCGCAGAUCUCGCGGGAGAGGUCUCCGAACAAGUUGCGGAAAAAGUGAGCGAAAUUACCCCAAUUCCCUCGCCGACAUCGACGAGGAAAGGACCGGGCGAGCGGCAGAGGCACAUCGAAGGCACACGGGGGUACAUCGCGCCGGAGGUGAUCUCCGGCGCGCCCAUCUCCCCUAGGUCCGACGUGUUCGCCUUUGGAGUAGUGCUCCUGGAGCUGCUUUCCGGCGACGAGCCGCUCAAGUACCGGUACGACAAGCAGCAGAAGGAGUUCGACGUGGUCUCCCUCAUCGAUACGGCGCGGAAGGCGAUGGGCACAGAGAAUAAAGAGGAAGAAGAGGAUCGGCGUGGGCGGGUUCGGCGGUGGGUGGAUCGGCGUCUGCGGGACUCUUUUCCAGUGGAGGCGGCGGAGAAGCUGAUCCGUGUGGCGCUACGGUGCGUGGAGGCGGAACCAGCGGCGCGGCCGGAGAUGACAUGGGUGGCCGGGAAGGUAUCGAAGGCCUUCAUCGAAUCGAACGCGUGGGCAGGCAAGCUUAGGGUUCCGACGGAUUUUUCGGUAUCGAUGGCUCCGCGUUAAGCGUAGGCAAGCACCGGCCCAGUUAUUUUCCUCAUUUUUUUAAUUAACUAUAUUUUCCUUGAAUAAUUUUCAUACGUAGGCAAAAAUUCUGAUUGACUGCAAUCUGAUAGAAAAACAAACACGUCGAAAAAGAUACAAUUCAAUGUAUCGGUAAACUAUUGAUAAAUCCUUAUUCAUGAAUGUUUCUUUA